AUGGACAUUUCAUCCGCUGUCGCUACGUGGCUUUCGUGCGCCGCGACACUUGUUGGUCUUGGCUCUCUCGCCACUCAGUUCAGCGCCAUCAUCGAUCACACAGAUCCAUUUCAUACCUUACGAGAUAUACAGCACUUGGGUAGCUGGUCGUGCCGGCAGCCCGAUGUACCAUGGUACCAUAUUGUCAAACCACCCCCAGUCGGGCCUGUGAUCAGGGCAAGCCUUUUCCACGGAUUCUGUGGGCAGAAUACCGUGUUUCUCAGUCGCUUGCCAUUCUCACAACAGGUUGGCCAGGCGGCAUGGUCGUUGUUACUUGGAGUCAUUCACCCAACCUCUCAAACCAAUCGUCAGCGAUACAAUGCAUUGAAAUCUUCCUCAAAAGAGGAAGUUUUGGGAUUUGCCUGCACCACGGUUGUAAUGAAUGAGCCUUCCAAUAUCAUUCCAAGUGAAAGCUGGGCCAAUAUGCCUCUUUGUCCUCUGGCGAGGCACAAGUUAACCACUUGUACUGUUAUCUCGCGAACGACCCUCAUGGCGAUCCUCUGUCUAACAAAUUCACGGCCUGUGUUCUGUCAUAGCGGUGCUUCUGGUCAUCGAGCCGCCUACGCAUGCUACUGUGGACAAUGGCGCGUGGAAUGGCCCAUUGGAGAUGUUGCGCGCGUGUACUUCCGUGCGCAUGACUCCCAUGCGUUAUCGGAUGACCCAUAUCCCCCGAUAUUCCAGCAAAGGGUUGAUAAAUGCCUACAGAUCUUGGCUGGUGUGAUUGAGUCACAGAAAUCAAAUUCAUUUAAGUGUGCGUUUCCGGGACGCAAAUCGUCUGGUCAAUGGAUCCUUGAAUAUGCAGUCAAGGGAUUCGGCGGUGCGCACGGCGGGAGGCAUCUUUACAACAUGAUUGGCGGUAACGUCAAUGAGGUGGACUUCUUGUUUAUGAAAGCUAUGCAUACCAAAAUUGAAUCAUCAGAAGACAUGAUGGUCCUUCACUUGCCUAACAAAGACACCGGGACCUUCGAUGUGACUUUGUACAUCCCAAGGCGAGAAUCCGCUAUUCUCAAUGAAGCCUUGGACAAUCUCCCAUGGACAUUCCUAUCAUGGUCCAUCCAUCGAGGGCUGCAUGAUAUUCUUGUUGCUUAUGCAAGAGAAAGGAUGGAUCGCUAUCGAAGCCGUUUGGCGGACACACUCCGCCUUACGGUAGCAAAAUGGCCAGAAAGAUUGGAUGCCAGGGGAUGGAACCCACAGUUUGUCAGGGAGAAUAUGGCAGAUAUGGCUGUAAGCGCUGUUAUGGCAGGACGAGGAAAUUCAGGGGAUGCCGUCAGGGUUGUGACUGAAAUAGCAGCGGCUUUGUGGAACGGCCCAACUUCAGCCCUUGACGAGACGAACUUUUGGAGGGAUACAAGUCCAUCAUCUUGCCCUCCGAUCCUUGACCCGAUUACUGUUGCUGCUCUUGUCAAGUGCUUCGUAUUGGAGUGGAGUAUCCACUUGGACUACCAGAUGUAUCACGAUUUCCCGUUAGAGAUGUACCUAGGAUGA